CCCAACUCGAAGAUAUUCUGGUGCGAUGUGGGCCCACUAAUAAGAAAAUAGGGCAUUUUAGAAUUAUUACAAGGGGAAAACGAAGACCGACCAGGGGUUGCUUACAAGCCUAUAAAUAGUCGAACUAACCACCGUAUUCCUCGCCGGUGGAUGGUCGAUGAAAAAUAAAGGAAUCUCACUCUCUCUCUUCUUCGCCUUUCUAAGGAAGUCAAAAACGUCGGCGUUUCCUUCGCUUCUUCCUCCACAUCGGAAUUGAAUCUGAUUAUUCGAUUUCAACAGAUAAACGAAAUCAUCUCAGAAACCUGUUUCUUGUACGAUCCAUACUUGUUUCAUCGGAUUAGACCCACGGUGGGGCGAUGGAAGUCUUGGAUCGGAUUCCGAACGAAGCGAAGAAGAUCCUGCACUCCCUGGCGUCGGAAUGGAGUGACGUGUCGGACUCGAGGGCGAUCGAGGUGGUGCCGCUUAAGGGAGCUUUGACCAACGAGGUGUUUGAGAUCAAGUGGAUGGCGGAGGGGACAGGUGAGGGGGAAAGGGGGAGGAAGGUUUUGGUGAGGAUUUAUGGGGAAGGGGUGGAUGUGUUCUUCAAUCGGGAGGAUGAGAUCCGGACAUUUGAGCUCAUGUCGAGGCAUGGACAGGGCCCGCGUUUGCUUGGGAGAUUCCACAAUGGUCGCGUCGAGGAGUUCAUUCAUGCCAGGACUCUAUCAGCAACUGACCUGCAUGACCCGGAAAUAUCUGCUCUUAUAGCUUCAAAACUUAGAGAGUUCCACGAUCUUGACAUGCCUGGUCCAAGGAAAGUUCAUUUAUGGGACCGAUUAAGAAAUUGGCAUAAAGCAGCCCAAAGCUUGUGCUCUACCGAGCAAGCUAAGGAAUUUUGCUUGGAUACUUUAGAAGAGGAGAUUAGUUCCUUGGAAAAGUUGUUGACAGGGGAUGAUCAGAGAAUUGGAUUCUGCCACAAUGAUCUUCAAUAUGGCAACAUUAUGAUGGAUGAGGAAACAAAACAAAUUACCAUCAUAGACUACGAGUAUGCAAGUUUCAACCCAAUUGCAUACGAUAUCGCUAAUCACUUUUGUGAGAUGGCCGCUGAUUACCAUACCAGCACUCCGCAUGUUCUGGACUACAGUAAAUAUCCAGAUCUUGAAGAUCGCAAAAGAUUUGUUAAUAUAUAUGUGAAAUCUCCAGGUGAAGAUCCAUCUGAAGUGGAUCAGCUUGAGGAUUUACUUGAAUCGAUUGAGAAAUAUGCCCUUGUUAGUCAUCUAAUCUGGGGCCUUUGGGGUAUAAUAUCGGAGAAUGUGAAUGAAAUUGACUUCGACUAUGCUGAGUAUGCAAGGCAGAGGUUUGAGCAGUACCGUUUGAGAAAGCUUAUUCUUUUGGAUCAAGGCUUCUUUCAUCACACUAGUUAAUGUGUUCGGCAACGGUCUCUUAUCUUUGUGUGUGUAUGUAUAUAUAUAUUAAAAAUAUUUGUACUAAAAUUUUAUUUUAAAAAAUAGUAAUAAAGUUGUCCCAUUUUGAUAAGA